AUGGGGCCCGAGGAGUGGCUGAACCAAGAGUUUCCCACGGAGGACGGCGUUUGUGCUCCCUUGGUUUCAUGUGGAACCUUGCAGAUUGUGUUGUGGCACUAUGCUGUGGAAACCAAUGGCGCUCAAUACCUGCGGCCCUGGAUGCUGGCCUGGCGCGCAGACUCCGGGUGCAGUGGGCACAUGGAACCAGAUCAAUUGAUUGCCAUUGCUGAGUUGAUUUGCAGUGAAGGGUUUCUGAGCGACAGCAACGUCAUUGGUGGCGAAAAGAUCAGCGCCACCCAGAUCCCGGAUGCAUUUCUGGAGAAGAAGUGGGAGAAAUUGCAACCAAUUUUUGGAGAUGGCCAUUUGCUCGCGCCCUUUUCCGUGGGCUAUGUGAAGGGCUGGAAACGCAGUGUGUGUUUGCUGGUGGUGCUUGCGGCCGUGAAACGGUUGGACUUGGCCGAGAGCAUCCCUGAGCGAGCAGCGAUGAUUGCUGCAAGCACAAGGAAAGCUCCAAACGCUUUUCACUUCCGCAGGCAGAUUCAAAUUUUGCAGAAAGCCGGAGGUGGUGGAGUUGAGCAGCAGUUUCAGGACUGGCAUAAAGCGACCUCGGUCGCGAAGGCUUUUGGCAUUGGCCGUCAUGAAUCUGAAAGCGUCAGCAACCUCAUGGUGAACAUCCAGAAGGAUAUUGUGCAAGAGCUUUCCGCAGCUGUGCGAAGUCGAGGAAUGUCAAAAUUCAUCACCCACGAAUGUUUGGCCAAGGACGUCCUGAAUACUUCAUGGUCUUCAGGCAUUGGAGGAACGAAGAGAAUGGAGAACUAG